CAGCAAAUAAAAACCCUGCAACCGUCUUCUUCUCUCUCCAUCUUUUCUCAGCGGCGAACUUACUCCGGCGACGAACAACAAUCUCACUGAGGGGAUCACUCCGGCGACCGGCUACGAACAACGAUGAGGCCAAUAUUGAUGAAGGGCCAUGAAAGGCCGUUAACUUUUCUAAAGUACAACAGAGAUGGAGAUCUGCUCUUCUCUUGCGCCAAGGACCAUACCCCUACCGUUUGGUUUGCCGAUAACGGCGAGCGCCUCGGAACUUACCGUGGCCAUAACGGUGCCGUUUGGUGCUGCGACGUUUCUCGGGAUUCGUCCAGGCUAAUAACUGGAAGUGCGGAUCAGACUGCAAUGUUGUGGGAUGUCCAAACUGGUACCCAGCUGCACACAUUCACCUUUGACUCCCCUGCUAGGUCUGUUGAUUUUUCGGUUGGCGAUAAACUUGCAGUGAUCACCACUGAUCCUUUUAUGGGACUGACAUCUGCUAUCCAUGUCAAACGUAUCAGCAAAGAUCCCAGUGAACAAAUUAGUGAGUCGGUGCUCGUCUUAAAGGGUCCCCAGGGAAGAAUCAACAGAGCUGUGUGGGGACCCCUGAAUAAAACAAUUAUAAGUGCUGGUGAAGAUGCUGUAAUACGUAUCUGGGAUGCUGAGACUGGAAAGAUACUGAAGGAGUCUGACAAGGAAAUCGGUCAUAAAAAGGGUAUUACGUCACUACAAAAAUCAGUGGAUGGUUCGCACUUCAUUACUGGUUCUCUUGAUAAAUCUGCAAAGCUCUGGGACAUCAGAACUUUGACACUUAUCAAGAACUAUACGACCGAACGACCAGUGAAUGCUGUCACUAUGUCGCCGCUUCUUAAUCAUGUGGUUUUGGGAGGUGGUCAAGACGCUUCAGCUGUCACCACUACUGAUCAUCGUGCUGGAAAGUUUGAGGCCAAGUUCUAUGACAAGAUUCUUACUGAAGAAAUAGGAGGUGUUAAAGGGCAUUUUGGACCAAUAAAUGCUUUGGCUUUCAAUCCUGAUGGGAAAAGUUUUGCAAGUGGUGGUGAAGAUGGAUAUGUGAGAUUGCAUCAUUUUGACCAGGAUUACUUCAACAUCAAGAUUUAGAUUUUGAUAGGACCAGGUUUUGUAAGUGUGUACUUUUGGGUAUGAUGGACAUUGACGUUUCUCUGGAGGAAGCGUCUUUCUGGUUAUCUCCAAUGAAUUUUUUGUAUGCUUUUAUUGUUGCAACCUAUGUUCAUCGUACAAGAGAAACUAACAUUUUAUUUCUGGACAAGUUGAGCAAAACAUAUUUACU